AUGCCCAUUACAUCGACUAUGAAGCGUGUAAAGCUUCCUCCAUCCGCUGUUGCAAGAAGAAAGGAGCCCAGGUCUAAAAACAUCUACCUUCGUGCUCUCUCUGACUUCUACACGAAGGUGGCCAACAACACCUCUGUGCUUGCAAUCAAGAAGAUUGCUAAGAGAUUAAAGAUGUCGAAGUCUGAUAGGCAGCCUGUGAAGAUAUCUAAGAUUGUCAGUGAGCUUGAAGGGUCUCAAGGGAAGGUUGCUGUGGUUGUUGCAAAGGUUCUUGACGAUGACAGAAUCAUGGAGAUUCCUGCCAUUAAGGUUGUUGCUCUUCAAUGGUCCAAGGGGGUAAAAGAGAAGAUCGAGAGGUAUGGGGGGUUCAUUGCAACCCUUGAUCAGCUAUUUGAGCUCUGUCCAAACAUGGAUGACAUAAAGUUGAUAUCCACUGACAAAUUUGCCAGAAGGUCUGCUAAGUUCUGGGGACCUGCUCCUGGAGAAAAGGGAUCGACUACUUAUCCAAGAGCAAACCAGAAGUGCCACAAUCGUGAGAAGCGUAUCAUGAUGAAGGGAAGAAAGACCCAGCAUCUAAAAAAGCAAGCACUGAAUAAAACGGCCUAA